UGUGUAUAACAUAUGUUAUAUAAUGUGUAUAACAUAUAUAUGCCAUAGAUGCUCCUACUCCUAAUGGUUAGUUUUUAAUAUAUGGUAAACAUAUUAUAUUUACAUACAGUUUAAAAUGGAAUGAUGUGCAAAUAGUCUUCAUGAUUUUUAUGCUUAAAGUGGACAUGCACUCAGGGGCUUUUUGUUAUGGAUGAGAUAACCCAAUUUGUUUUUCAUCAAUUGAAGCCGAAGCAAAAUCACUAACAAAAUGUCUUAAAUGGACUGAGGAAUACAAUGUUUCAUGUGUGGUUCAUUGUGACUUCAAAGUGCUUUCAAAGCUCUUUCCUCUCGUCCCUUUUCAUUGUCGUGGAGAUGCUCAUCAAGACUUGCAUCUAUGUGUGGACUUUUUCGAUCUACUAACCUCGUCAAAGUAGAAGCAAUCUUGCAAUUGGGUUGCUGAUUCUCAAACAGAAUCGUCUCUUCCACAUACUAUUCUCGGCCUUAUGGUAGCCUUACCCUUGCUCGCCUAAUUGUAACUUGCUUGUAUUUGGUCAUGGAAUGAACAAUUCUUUUUGUUGUUGUUGAAAGAUUGACACAAAUGCGUCUAAUUCAUAUUAAUCGAACGUUCAUGGGAAAAUCCCAUUACAUCAUGGCGUAGCCAUUGUAAUAAACCCGAAUCACAAACAUUGAGAUUGUGUGUACCAAAAUGAAGAUCAUGGUCGAGAUUCGCCAAGUAAUCGGCUGCAAAAUUAGCCUCUAUGUACACGUGUGCUACAGUAACCUCCCAAUCGAGGUUAAGAAGGUAUCUAAUAUAUAUGUAGAGCAAUGCUUCCAUGUCGCCGGUCUUCAUUUUCACUGUUUCUGAUGAUUUCAAUUGUUGUGGUAGAGUCCAUCUUGAGGUUCACUUUCCAAUAGCCCUUUUCCCCAGAAAUCUUAAGUCCUUCUGCUGCACCUUUAAGCUCAGCAGCUGUGAUGGAGCAUCGGCCAAGAUUACAUGCUUUAGCCCUGCAAUGCCCAAGGUGAUCUCUUAGAAGUCCCCCAACAGAUGCGUCCACUGGGUGUGCCAAAACAGAUCCAUCAGAUUGUAGCUUAAUCCAUCCCUCUCUAGGAGGUUCCCAACCAAUGUGAUUGUUGAUGCAAACCACACUCUUUACAUUUGACUUUUCUGUACGUCUUGCUUCGCUUGGAAAAAAUCUUGAACCAGGCUUGAAUCCUUGCCACGAGCCCUCGUUAGUGUAGGUUUUACCGUCGAGAGUCUCCUCAUUUCUUUGUUUCCAAAGGUUUCAACAAACGUUUCCAAAAUCAACACUUGUGUUAUCAUUCUGAAGAUUAGCAAGCAGCCAGUCUUGAAAUGGCAGGUUUGAAUAUUUCUUUGCCAGCUUGUUGUGCAGUCUCUCCCAAAUGCUGUUGGGUAUUGUUUGCUUGUGGGAUUGGAUGAUAGAUUUGGCACCCAAAUCUCAAGUAUCAUGGAACUGGUAAAAUUCAUUGUUUGGUGAAGGACACAAAUCCGUGGGCUCACAUAUUUGGACCCUUUUUGAGAUUCAAAUUUGUGGAUCCCACAUAUUUGCAAAUCCCACAUUUCAUUUGAGAUUUGAUAAUGGAAGGCAAAAAUGUGAGAUAAAUCCAUCAUAAAUCCAUGAUAAAAAAAUCAACUAGACUAACAAAGUACUCUUUCAAAUCCAUAAUGUAAUAAAUCUAUCAUGUAUCUAAAAGUUUUUAAAACUCAAAACCCCACUACAACAAUAACUGGAUUCGGAGAGAAAUAAUUAGAAACCGUUAUUGUAUCAGUCUCUAUAUCUAAUCUAUUGUCGCAAAUAUAUCAUUUGCUUCAAUACGUUAUAUUAUUUGUCUCUGUAGAUUAAUAUUCAUUUAAUAUAUAUAUAUAAGAUAAAUUGAUAGGUUUAGAGACGAUUAUCCUAUUUGCUUCCAUAUCAUAUAUUACCAAAAAAGCAUAUAUGAAGGCAUAUGUAAUUGUCUCUAAAUGUGUUAUAAGAAAAUGAACCGAGUAAGUUGUAUAAUUAGGAACAUAUCAAUGUAGUUAAAAUCGCGCUUUAAAACUUAUAAACUUACAAUUUUACGUUUCUAGGUCACUAAAACGCAUCUACACAAAAUCUCAGAUUUUAUAACUUAUGUAGUUAAAACUUCGCUUUAGAAACUCGCUUUUGACUACAUUGGAACAUAUACAAUUGCUACUUAAAGUGAUUAUACAUAAAGUUAAUUAAAAAUUAAAAAAUAUAAUUCAGAAAAUUGAAAGCGGCAAAAAGGAAGAGAGCUUUUUCCUCUCUCAUAUUUUGGCGGGUGGGACUUAAAUUUUGGUUUGGUUCCAAAUUCUAAAACAUGAAGGAGCGAGAGGUAAAAAGUUUUGAAUGGCAAAUUAUUAAUUAAAACUAAUUACAAAGUCCCAAACUCGUCUGACUGUUUGCCUUCCUUGUGUGACCGUGAAGCCUCGAUCAAAUCCGAAACUCUAGCCUCUCACUCAUAUCACCCAUCCUUCUUUGCAGCAGAACUCAUACAAUAGGAAGUACGGUGUGAUCCUUCCUCGAUCCUUCUUGGUAAUUCUAUUUGCUUUUGUUAGUGAUUUUGAUUUCUUGUUUCAGAGUUGCUCUUGCAACAGCCUGCAGUUUUUGUGUUCCUUCUUUUAAUGUUUUGGCUACAUGUCUUACGAAUGGUUUUUUGUGUUUUCCUUUACGGUUUUGCAGCUUCUUCUUUAUUGGGUGCAUGUCUUUCGUUUAUUGUUUUGCUCCUGGGUUUCUUUCUGUUUUCUUUUAGGGUUUUGCAUCUUGUUUUUUUCAUUUUCUGUUCACUUGUUAUGAGUAGUGAAGUCAAGUCUCGGCCGAAAUCCAAGUCAACGCCAGGGGCACCUCCAGCCUCUGAUAAGAAUAUAUCCACUAUUGUGACUACAAGACAAGAUGUUCCGAUCCUGAGAAAAACACACGAGAUCCAACAACGUGCAUGCCAAUUCAGGCUAUGCAAGCAGGGGAGCAGAUUCAAGUUAUAGUUAACGAUCUUGGGCAGGCCACAGGUGAUGGUGCAAUGAAAUUGACAACUUUUCUUGGUACUAUAGCACGCAUGACAAUAUAUGCAUUUCUACGUUAUGAGGAUUGGAGGCUUAUGCCCAAACAUUACAAGAGUACCAUGUUGGUAUAGGUAAUAUGCCUUAGUACUGCUUGAAUACAUGAAUGUGAGUUUUAUUUUUACUUUUACUAAAAUAAUAAUUGUAGGAAAAGUUUGACGUGGACGUGUUUCUUCAAGUGUGGUUACCUUGAUGAUAUUCUAUUUUGUUUUACCAGGUUAAUAUGGUUGAUGUUUAUUUGCCUACGCUUCGAAACAACUCGUCUAAAGGGGGCUCUUCCGGUGUGGAAGCUAAUGAUGUGCACGCAUGAGGGAAAGAUGAUACAUUCUUUGAUUACAUGAUAAGCUCAUAUCAAGUAAGAAUUUUCUCUUUAUUAUUUUGUUGGUGCGGCUGGAAAUAGACAAAGGAAAGGUUUCCUACUAUUUCAUAACUAAAACUUUUAUAUUUGAUAGAAAAAAGACACUCCUGCACAAGCAAAAAAGUUUAAUGAGAGUAACAUUGGUGAUGAUGACUCCCUUAGUGCGACCAUAUGCAAGCUUUCAAACCAUUGGAGAUGCGGUAGCAGAGUCGAUCGCUUGGCCAUCACAGUUUGUAAGUUAAUUGAAGAAAACUUUAUGGUAUUUCAUUUACUUCUAUGGUACGUGGCUCAUUUGGUUUACAUAUAUGUUGUUCAUGUGUAAUAGGUGAAGAAGACUGGUGUUGUCAAACCUUUAUGAUGAAGAUUAUCUUAGUUUAAUCGACAGUUUUCGUUCCAUAUUCCGACUUUGCCGUUGUUGAUGGAACAUCUACAUACAUUUUGUUUCACUAUUUUAUUUUUGUAAGAAUUUGGUGCAGGAUGGAUUUUUUGUCUAUGGAUGUAAUUAAUAUUUAUACCAUUUGGCUGUAUCCUUGGAGAAAAGGAGGGGUCGUUGGAAGGCGACGGUGGAUUGGAUGGAUAGGACAAGUUGGAUACGGCUAUGGGAGGCCAACAUCCCGCCUAAGUUGAAGGUGUUUGUUUGGCAGAUCUUUAGUCGGAUCUUGCCUACCACUGAAACUCUCCUUAGUCGCCAUAUUCCGGUCCUGUCUCGGUGCCCGGUCUGUUGGGGAGGCCCUGAAACCUUGGAGCAUUUAUUUUUCGAUUGUCCGGUAGCGGGUGCCCUGUGGGGGUUGGCGGGGUUUGAACACCUUGGGGAAGGGUUGACACGACACACUUUUCCUAUGUUCCUUAAGAAGCUGCUGGCUUUAGUUCACCAGCCGUCGCUGUGGAUGGUCAUUGUUGCGGUUCUCUGGCGGAUUUGAAAGUCCCGUAACUGGGUGGUGUUUGAAGGCAAACAAUUUGGGCUUCCGGCGCUUAUGCGGCAAUAUGGGCAGCAGAUUGAGGAAUGGGCGCGUCUCCCAGUUGAGGACAUUCCCCUGAACCCGGUGGUUGGGGACCAUGAGCCUAUUCUUGUGGGGUCUUUUGAGUUUGUCUGUGGAUGGGAUGGCGCCACGAGACGGGGAUCGCAUUCGGCCAGUGGAAUGGUACUUAUGACCCCUUCUCGUGUCGUCCUGAGGGCCAGUGGGAUCCAAAUUCCUGUCAUAGAUGAUCCUGCGAUGGUGGAACUGACUGCUCUGCGUGAGGCUAUUCUCUUGUGCCUGGGACAAGGCUUCGCCUCUGUUAGGUUUGAAGGGGAUGCUAAAGUGGUUAUUGACAAAAUCAGGCGCGGGGAUUCAAGAGAUAGCAGGAUGUGAAGCUUUUUGAAUGUAAUCCUGGUUUCAGUGUUCGUUUCGUAGGUCGGAGUAACAAUAGGGUAGCCCACUUGGUGGCUAGGAAAGCCCUCUUCUUGUACCCGACUAUGAGUCGUGCUUUUAAUUUCCAGGCCUGGCUGUUAUCCAGGAUGUAACUAUUUUUUUUUGGAAUCAAUAUAUGAUUAUCUUUUGU